GACCACAAAAUGUGAACGCAAGAAGUCGAUCCACCUCCAAAAAGAGCACUCGGCGUUCAACCUCACUAUCGCACAUUGCAGAGCAACCGUCCGAAUUCUCCGUUGUAGAACACUUGGCCCGUAACAUUAUUCAGCGUAGGUAUAAAUUGACUGCCAAAUUUUUUCCUUUCAGAAAAUACGCAAAAGACUUGAGAUUGUACAAAUUCAGAUGAAUGUCAGCUUUUCGGCCUAUUUGCUGCAUAAGCAGCUCGGGAUUCCGAGCUAAUUGGGAAAUGGGACCACUGCAUGCAUUUCAUCCAUACUCUCCUUUUUCACAUCAUUCGGCCUUUCACAGGUAGUAACUCAACCUCCGCCGUGAACAGAUGGAACUAGAUACUAUGGAAGGAAAGCCAGGCUGCCUGUCUUGUGGAGCCAAGUUCAACCACCAAUCAUCGCUUAGUCGCCAUUUGAAAAAUCAAUGUAACAAAAAUCAAUCACGACGGCGUAAGGCUUGUCUUCAAUGUGUCAUACAUAAAACAAGGUGUAGUUUAAAACGGCCUACUUGCUCACGAUGUCAUGUGCGCGAUGUUGCCUGCGAAUACGCUAUUCCUGAAAACCCGAACACUCCUACGAAUUUGAGACACGACCUUUCAGAAAUUGAGAAGGAUCCGACAAGCACCACGCCUCCAGAUGUUUCACCUACAUUUCGACCACAAUUUUUACAGUCAACGUUUGACCCUAAUCUGUUCGACACCUUUUUCUCGGAUGUAGGAACCUGGUCAUCAAUGUCACAAUUAGAUCUUGAUUUAUAUCCGCAACAUAUGGAUCACUCAGGGCUGUCAUCUUUUGGUCGUGAGGGUGAAGGUAAUUCUGAGCUUGGUCGAUUCAACGACGUCCCGUCUAUUGAGCUGCAACCUUCCCAAGAAUCAAACUCGGUUGCUUUAGCAAAUCACAGCAUGGAACUAAUAUUCCGUGUCUUUCGUACUUGGCCUCAGAUGCUAGCUGAGGGAUUUCAACUGCCUCCAAUAUUCCACUCCACACAUUUUGCUCAGCAUGAUGUUCUGCCCCGGCCACUGGCCACUUGCACAACAUUAGUCAAAAUGUGGCAUGGACAAAGCGUAGGAGCUGAAGAGAUUGUGAGGAAGACAAUAAUUUCAGAGUUAAAUUUUAUUGUCGAUCAACCAGAAGAACUUGACGAAACGAUGCUCAUAGCAGUUCUACAAGCUGUAGUGAUUUAUUCCAUUAUCCUCCUCUCCCCAUCAAGAGCCCCACAAAAUUCCCCUGAUGAUAAUGAAAUCGUCUUUCAAAAAGUCGAGUCACUUGUGUGGCACGUCGUGCGUGAUGGUCUUUUUCUCAAAGAAGAGAGAGCACAGACACGGCCAUGUUGGCAAGCUUGGAUACAUGUUGCAUCCAAACGUAGAGCAGUGCUCACUUUAUAUCUCCUUCACUGGGCAUAUUCUGUGUUGCACAAAGUUCAAUGUUUCGACUGUAAAGACCUUGGGUUUAUGCCCGCACCGGCCCCAAAGGUACUUUGGCAAGCAAGCACUGAACAAGAGUGGAACACAAAAUACAUACAUUGGCUUUCGAGAUGGAGUGGUCGAGUUUACCUUCAAGCCGAGAUUGGAGAUAUUCUACCCGGUACUACUUUAAACAAUAGAGCAGAGAAAUGGUUUGGGGAGGUUGACGAGUUUGGGUUUAUUAUGGCUUCAAUUGUUAACGCUACGGAAUUUGACCCACCAUCACUUAAAAUAUUAAUUCAGUAAUCGUAUAAAUACUUGGGACAAUAAAUCAUCAUUGCAUUAUUCUAUAGAGGAAAAUCUAACACGCACAUGAAAUUUUCAGACAUUUGAUUUCAGGACCUCGUUACUGAAUCCAAUUUCCUAAUAUGUCCACC